CAGCGCACGCGAGGAGAGAGGCUGAGCCGCACGCACACAGCUGGAUGGAUAGCACCGUCUCCGCCACAGCAGUAGCAGGAUGUGAAUUUUCGAUAUUUAUAUUAACUUUGGCACUAAAAAAGAGAGCAGCCGCUGGACUCAGCUCGACUUACAUACAGGUUAACGUACAGGUGGUGUAAAUAACAGCUGGAUAGUCUACUAACACCGCACGCGACAAAAAAACAGACUGCUUCAUUUUAAUGAGUUGAUUUUUAAGAUUUGCGACCAGCCCAGAUAGCUACUGAGCAUCCGUCCGGUGAGCUGUAGAGACACACACAGACAUGAUGGAGUCUAUCUUAGACAGUUUAACAGCGGAGAAACUCUAUCCGUCCGGCGGAACCAACCUGUUGGACCUGGAGGAGCUCAGCGAUGGGGAUUUCCUCACUAAUGUGCCUUUCUCAGGUGACCAGAUGGAUGACUUUAGCAGUGAAUUGUUCAGCAGUUUCUUUGACGACCAUCUAUUAGAGCGGCCCCUUCUGGCAGACAGACCUUCACCUUUACAUAUGGACAUGGAGGACAGCAACCCAGAUAUUCAAGCAGAGCACAGCUACUCUUUAAGUGAAGACUCCGCCCCCCAGAGCCCUGCCCUGUCAAUCAAAAUGGACCAUGAGUCUGAAUUUGAAUGGAGCUUCAGUCAGGACCUUUCGGCCAUCUUGGUCAAACAGGAGAAGCCAGAUGUGGGCCAAAGGUUAGAUCCUCAGCCUCUGGAAGGCCCGCCUCUUAUAUUAAGCCCUGCCCCCCCACAUAGAGGCUCGCCAUGGAAACAAUCGGAGCCCAGUCAAGACAGUGGGAAGCCAGUAGCCAUAAAAGAUGAACCCAGAGAGAUUGGACAGUACCUCACCCUGCCCAGCGACGAUGCACUGCAGCUCCCGCCUACCCCUCCCAGCAGUAACCACGGUGACAGUGACUGCUCCCUCCCUCCCUCCUCCCCGCACCUCCCUCUGCCACCGUCUUCCCCUCAACCACAACAGAGGCCAGGAGGUCGGGCCUCCUCCUCUUCCUCCUCCUCUUCCUCAGCCAUCUCUUCUUCACCUCUCCUCACUGCACCACAUAAGCUGCAGGGUUCAGGACCCCUCUUGCUGACAGAAGAAGAGAAGAGGACUCUGGUUGCUGAGGGUUACCCAGUACCUAACAAACUUCCUCUCUCUAAGACUGAAGAGAAGGCACUGAAGAGGGUCCGACGGAAGAUUAAAAAUAAGAUCUCAGCUCAGGAGAGUCGGAGGAAGAAGAAAGAAUACGUGGAAUGUCUGGAGAAAAAGGUGGAGAGCUACACGUCAGAAAACAGCGACCUGUGGAGAAAAGUAGAAAACCUGGAGACUGCCAACAGGUCUCUCCUACAGCAGCUCCAGAAGCUUCAAUCAUUGGUGUCAGGGAAAGUUGUCCCCCGUUCUUGUAAAAUGGCCUCAACUCAAACAGGGACAUGCCUCAUGAUGGUGGCCGUGUGUUUUGUCCUGGUGUUGGGCUCCUUCUCUCCCUGCCUCUCUCCCCUCUCCUUCCUCACUCACACCUCCUCUUUGUCCUCAUCCUCCUCUUCCCCUAAUCCCUCCUCUCCCCCUCCUCUUCCGCAAGCGGACCUCUACACCACUAGUCAGGUCCGCUCCCGCAGCCUGCUCUUCUUUAAUGAAGGGGCUCCCCUGGAGGAGAGUUUAGUGACAUCAGAAGGGGAGAAGCUACAGUCAGAAGGCCACAUCCAGACGAGCCGAUACACAGCUGACGCACACAGCAGCAACCAGACAACUGGUCCAGAGUUAGACCGGAGAGAAACAAAACCAGACAAAGUCUCUGAGUUUUUCUGACACAGCCUGACUCUCAUGACUUCUAACCUCUGACCCCUAAAAAAGCCCAAAAUCGCCAAAUUUCUGAACUCAGCGGGCUUCAUAUCAACAUCCAACUGGACCAAAAUCUACAUCCGUCAGUCCACCAUCAUCCCUUUUAGUGAACCUCAAGACAACACUUCCUCCAAUCCUUCACAGCUGAUUCACUGCCUUCACAUGGUGCUUCACUUCUCUGCUUAAACAGACUCAGCUACACCUGAAUAUACUUGAUUUUAAAGGGACCAUCUUAUCGAAAUUUCUACUUUUAUGCACUAAAAUAUAGUAGAAUUUAAAAAUCCAACUAAUCUCAUAAUUAAUAUGUAUAUUUUAAACAAUCAUGACAAAUAUUUUAGAGAUACUAAAAAAACAUAGGGCCUUAAUUAAAAAAAACUCUAGAUAACAUACAGUAACUUGCAGAUGCAAUUUGUGUCACUUUAACAAUAAAAAUGUAUCACUACAAAUUAGUCAGACCGUUGCCAAGACAAUUUGAGCCACUUAAGCUGUGAUCAUCAGUUGUGUUAUCAGUUGUUAGUUUUCGCUUCCUCACUUUCUUUCCAAAACAAAUGCAGUGUAGCGUUGCAAAAAGCGUCCUUUUUGGAAGAAUAAGCGAAGAGCUUCAUGUGAAAUGUGGUCUAAAUGUUGCAGGAAACACAGAAUCAUACACCUUUGCACCUUUAAGAACUCAGAAACAUAAAUAUAAGUGUGUAUACAUAUACACACACACACACAUACAUGUUUACACAUAUAUACUGUAUACACAUAUGAAUACCAGACCUCCACUGUGGGAGUUUAUGUUAGCGCAUGGUACUUCAUCGGGUCAGUGCUUUCCUUUUUAACCAAUCACAUACCGUAUGUCGAUAAAGGGCUGCAACUAACGAUUUGUUUGAUUAUUGGUUAAAUUGGUUAUUAACUAUUAAUCCUCACAUUAGAGAAGCUGGAACCAGAGUACCUUUUCUUGUUAAUUGACUUAUGUCAUUAAUUCAUUAUCGAAACUGCUGCUGAUUUACUUUAGUCGAUCAACUAAUCGAAUAAUCGUUUCAGCUCUAUGGUAAUAACAGUAAAUAAUGAAUGCAACAUGUACUGCUACAAGCAAAACUAAAUGAUGAAAAUAAACACAUCCUUUUAAAAAACAAAAACAAAAGCUGUGUCAUUUAAAAAGUGCCUUCCAUUUACUUUAGUCAAAUAUGACACACUUGGCCUUACACCUAAAGUCCACACACGCAGCCAUAAACCUGGAAACGUGAUCUAACUUGAUUACCCACGUUUGUUUAACUGGAUCAAUGUUCAGGCUUUAUCUGGGGGAAAUAUUAUAUUUCACAUGCCUGUGGAUGUAAAGGCUUGUCAAAUUCACCUUUGCUACCAGCCAGCCUUGGUUUGAACCACUUACCAAACACUUGUGUGAUGCGUUUGCAGUCCUGAGUUAAAACAAACGUUUUUCCGCUUUUUAAACCCAUCAUUGCAGUUAAAUUCCAUUUUUGACAUCCAAAUUCUGCAAAAUCUUGCGUGGGAACAAUAUUUUAAUACCAACGGACCAUUAAAGGGGUCCUAACAGAGGUUGGGAAACAUGACAUUAAAAGUAUUUUUAUGGAAUUUAAAAUUGUAUAUGUAAUAUAUUUGCAGCAUCAAAAAAAAGAGCAUAUUUAAUUUAUGCAACAAAAAAGAAAUAAUGAACAUGUUUUUAAAGUUAGUUUAUGUUUAUGUAAUUGUCUUGUUUUUUGUGUCUUUUUUUAAUAAAUGUUUACCAAGAAAAAACAACCAAAAUACAACUUAUAAUAUAUUCUGAGCAUCAAAAAAAGCAUAUUUAUUUUAUGCAAGAAAAAAAAAAAGAAAUUGUAUGUUGUGUUUUGGCAUUUAGGAUGAUGAAAUUGACAUGUGGGUGUGUAGUUAACAUGCCGUUACAUGGAGUGUGAAACUUUGACAUGAUCUGUUUGUGUUUAACUGUAAUACAGUGUUUAUGUUUGCUGCUGUCGCAUGACAACCUACAAGGGUCUUGUUUGUUUGUUCCGCUUCUGAUUUAAAAAUGUCAUUAGCUCACACAGUUAAACCUUUAAAGCUCAUUUUUACCCUCAAGCGGAAGUUUCUUGACCAAAGAGCCAAAGAAAUACAUCACAAAUCAACUGCAGAAUUUAAACAUUGACAAUACUGCGUAUGUUGGUCAUAAAUUCAUCUCCAAAGAUUCUCAUAACGUCAAACCCAGCAAAAUCUCAACAAUGAAGCAAAAUGUGCUCAUGCGACAGCAGUCCAUAUUGUAUUUAUUCCUGUUUGUAGAAAGUGUGUAUAUAUUGAUGAAGAUAAUCAGAGGACUAAUACAUUCCAGGAAGUAAAACACCACUAGCUUUGUUUUUCUCCAUAAUUUGAAGGAACAUCCGAACAUGUACAACAACUUUUUUUUAUUUCUUCACCACUAUUCUGACAAUGUGAGAAACAUUUGUUGUCUUGGUAUUCCUUCAAAUUAAAAGCUAUGAAAAAAAGACAUUUCCAGGCCCAAAUCCCUGAGGAAACAAUUCAGAGUUAUGAAAUACUCACCAAAACAAUUGACACAGUUUUUCUGAUUAAUUUCUGUAUCUGUUUGAUUUUGUGUCCAUCAUACCGUGUGUGUACACAAAAAACUUCAUGUGACUACAGCCCGUUACACAAACAUCCUGUCAUUCUCACCCAUAACAGUCUUAAUACAUCAGUGUACAUAAAAAAUGACAACCUAAUGUGCAGUUGUUGUAAAUAGGGGCCUUGUUUUUGUAUUGUGACAUAGUCCAGGAUUUUGACCUAUGGAAUCACGUGGGAUAGAAGAAAAACAAAUGGAGAAAAUCAUUGGAUUCUUUUGGGAAGGAAGAUGUCAAGUGGGGAGGGGUUAAAAACUAAAAGGGAGGUUGCCUUUUUCCACAUGUAAAGAAACCUUGAUAACACAGCAGCUGCACACAGUCUGAAUACUUUGAAAAAACUCUGAAAACACCAGGGAGUGCUUGAUUAUUCUAACCUCUUCAUGAAUAUGUUGAAGAUAGAACAAUCAAGCACUUUUCAGAGACUCCAGCUAUUUGAAAUGUGUUUGGGUAUAAUGUUGUCUUGGUUUGUUGUAUAGCGUCUUGCAUGUUUCUCCAUAUACAACUAUAUUAUCUUAGUGUAGUCAGUAGAGUAGAAACCAGCAAAAUAUAAAAAACUGCAUCAGCAA